UGUAGCUCCGCUACAUUUUUUUUUCUUUAAGCGGGUUCCUCUCCAGCCAGCAAAAUUUCACCCAAAAGCAGACAACAGGAUCGUCCUGCGCUGACGCGACUGGUCGGCAGGAAGCGGCUGGUGGCGGCGGGGGUCCUGGGGGUCGUUAUGGUUCUGGUUUUGGUUAUUCUCAUCCCAGUUCUCGUCAACACAGCGGGGACGGCGGCGCACUACGAGAUGCUCGGUACCUGUAGGAUGGUGUGCGACCCUUAUGGCACCAAAUCUCCGAGCAGCACCGCUACGGCAGACACGGUCAGAGACAGCAGCCUCGUUCAGUCUUUACCCACUUUUAUCCAAGGUCCAAAAGGGGAAUCAGGUCGUCCAGGUAAGGCAGGUCCGAGGGGACCUCCCGGCGAAGCAGGACAGCCCGGCCCAGCGGGGCCACCUGGAGAGAAAGGUGAUCCGGGCAGACCUGGUUUACCAGGACCUCCAGGACCCAACGCUGCUGCCGGCGCAAUAAGCGCAGCCACCUACAGCACCGUGCCCAAGAUCGCCUUUUACGCAGGGCUGAAAAAGCAACACGAGGGCUACGAGAUGCUCAAGUUCGACGACGUGGUGACAAACCUGGGAAACCAUUACGAUCCGACCACCGGGAAGUUUACGUGCUCCAUCCCCGGGAUUUAUUUCUUCACUUACCACGUCCUGAUGCGCGGAGGGGACGGCACCAGUAUGUGGGCUGAUCUGUGCAAAAACAACCAGGUGCGUGCCAGUGCCAUAGCCCAGGAUGCAGACCAGAACUAUGACUAUGCCAGUAACAGCGCUGUGCUGCAUCUGGAACCAGGAGACGAGGUCUACAUUAAACUUGAUGGUGGCAAAGCUCAUGGAGGCAACAACAACAAGUACAGCACGUUCUCUGGAUUCAUCAUCUAUGCUGAUUAA